GUGGUAAUGAGUAAUGGGUUAGUCCAAGUGACUCUGUCGAACCCAGAUGGUGAAGUCAUAGGAAUAAACUACAAUGGAAUUGAUAAUGUGUUAGAAACAGAUAAUGAUCAAGAUAAUCGAGGGUACUGGGACGUGGUUUGGUAUAAGCCAGGAGAUGAAGAAACCAUCGACAAAUUAGAAGGAACAAACUUUAAGGUGAUUAUGGCAGAUGAAGACCAAGUAGAGGUUUCAUUCUCAAAAAAAUGGAAUAGUUCCCUACAUGGAUCUAACGUUCCCUUAAAUGUAGACAAAAGGUAUAUAAUGCGGCGUGGUGUAUCUGGAUUAUAUGCGUAUGCCAUAAUGGAACGAGAACCAGGCUGGCCCGAUGUCGACAUGGAUCAAAUUAGAGCUGUUUUCAAGCUCCAAAAAGACAAGUUCCAUUACAUGGCAAUAUCGGAGGAGAGGCAAAGAGUAAUGCCAAUGCCGGAAGACCGUGCAACGGGUCAGCCUCUUGCCUACCCCGAGGCUGUUCUCUUGACCAAACCAACAAAUCCAGAAUUAAGAGGAGAGGUGGAUGACAAGUACCAGUACUCGAUGGAAAGCAAAGAUACUGAAUUACACGGGUGGAUAUCAUCUGAUCCGCCUGUGGGUUUCUGGAUGAUCACACCCAGUGCCGAGUUCCGAUCAUCUGGCCCGAUCAAGCAAGAUCUCACCUCCCAUGUUGGCCCUACGGUUCUCUCUAUGUUUACUAGUAUACAUUAUGGUGGGAAGGAUAUAGAUACAGAGUAUCGGAAUGGAGAGCCCUGGAAAAAAGUAAUGGGUCCUGUUCUUGUCUAUCUAAACUCAGUUUCAUCUGAUAAAGAUACCUAUGCAGAUCUUUGGAAAGAUGCUAAAAAACAGAUGCGGGAAGAAAUUAAAAGCUGGCCAUAUGAUUUCCCUCAGUCAAAAGAUUUUCCUAAAUCCCAUCAAAGGGGAAACGUUUCCGGUCAAUUACAAGUCGAUGACCGAUAUAUCAAUUCGAGUAUAAUAGGGGCAAAAUUUGGAUAUGUGGGGUUGGCAGCACCUGGAGAAGUGGGAUCAUGGCAAACUGAAACGAAGUGUUAUCAGUUCUGGACACAGACCGACGGGAAAGGGAGUUUCUUCAUAAAAAAUGUUCGAGAAGGGAACUAUAAUUUAUAUGCAUGGGUCCCUGGAUUUGUUGGAGAUUACAAGCAUAACAUUAAUAUUACUGUCAAAGCAGGAUCGGAGUUCAAGUUGGGAGCCAUUGUGUAUAGGCCUCCCAGAAGUGGUCCUACAUUGUGGGAGAUUGGUGUUCCGGAUCGCUCCGCUGCUGAAUUUUUCGUGCCAGACCCCUAUCCGACACUCAUGAACCGACUGUACACUAACCACACCACUGACAAGUUUAGGCAAUACGGAUUAUGGACAAGAUAUGCAGAUAUAUAUCGUAAUGGUGAUCUCAAGUACACCGUCGGCGUUAGUGAUUAUACUCGAGACUGGUUUUUUGCUCAUGUUACCAGGGAUAUAGGAAAUAGGACAUUUCAAGCAACCACACGGCAGAUUAUGUUUGAGCUUCCAUAUGUUGAUAAUCCAGGAAAUUACACACUUCAAGUGGCCUUAGCAUCAGCCUCCGACUCUGAAUUUCAGGUUCGAAUCAACGACGCAAAUGCCGUUAAACCUCAUUUCUCAACAGGGCUAAUCGGAAGGGACAAUGCCAUAGCCAGACAUGGAAUUCAUGGGUUGUACAGGUUUUACAGUAUUAAAGUUCCAAGCAAUAAACUCUACAGAGGAAACAACACAAUCUAUCUAACUCAGUCAAGAAGCAAAAGCCCCUUCCAAGGGAUAUUGUAUGACUACAUUCGCUUAGAAGGCCCCUGUGCCGUGAAACUUGGUGAAGCCAAAACGCUGUAGUAUAAAUUUUACAUUGCUUGUAUUUAUUGUAAAUGUUUUAAGCAUUA